AUGGAGCACUCCGUUUUUGGCAGCGGUUCCGCGGACCCUGAACAGCCAAACACAUUGGGGACGCUCGAAUUCUCUCCAACGAUUCCCCUGGCCCUGGACCCCAUCGCCUUUGACGAUGAUGCCCAGAUGGCAAGUGCAUACCUUUUCAGCGAGCAGUUUCUCUUGGGCGAAGGAUCUCAGACGGACUUUAGUCAUGAUGAAACCCUAUCCACGAGUCCUUGCUCGCUGCUUGACGCACAAACCAUGCAUCAGCCCGCUGAUCCGCAGCACCAAGCUUACAUGGACCAAUCACUUCUUCAGCGUGCUUUCGCUUUACCAUGCUCAACGGCCCAGGGCCCCAACCUGCGACAGCAACAGCAGCAGCAAGGCCAGCAACAACAAUACACUCAUCAACAGCAAUACUACCAGCAGCAGCAGCAGCAGCAACAGCAACAGCAACAGCAGGAGUACUUGCAGCAGUACCGACACCUGCAGGAUCAGUACCAGCGCCAACUGUGCCAACGCCAACAUUAUGAACUGUAUCAGGUCCAGGGCGAGCUGCUUUCUCUCCAGCCAUCUUUGGUCUCACCUCGCACUUCUCCUCAGAAGUCAAGCAUCCCUAUAGUUCUUUCCGUAGAACCACAACUUCCAUCUUAUGAUUUCCUCCUACAGCAGCAAAUGGACUUUGGACCCAUCAACGUGGAAUCUCUAGCUCAGGACCAUCCCAAUGAGCGCCUCUCUAGUCCCGAGGCGCGCUCUCCCUUAUCCGAACAAGGUGGCCUCGACAGACGAGACGAGAAUGCGUGUUACAGCCCACUCUUUGGAUCCGCGCCCAGCGAUGAUCUGUCGGCGCCAAAUUCCGCUUCGCCCAUUGAGCGACCGCAAUUGGUCUCGACUACGAUUACAAACAUGCCGUCCACUUUUACAUCUGAAGUUUUUGUCCAGCCGUCGGCUACGAUGCAGCAUGCUGGCGUGCUGCCCGACACCGACUCUGAAGAGGAAAUGGAACCUCCCACCAGGAAACGAGUUCGUCGACGCGUCAGGAAGACAUCUGCCAAGCCCAAGGCAUUGCCUGCCAAGUUGCCUUGUAACUACCCGGGCUGCACAACGACUUGCUCAGGCCAGCCAUCUCUGGCACGCCAUCGCGAAUCCCACCGAUGGCGCGGGCGCUUUAUGCCGAUCCGCUGCGAGGCCUGUCAAAGUGAGCUUUCGAACGAGUUUUCGGUCCAGCGACAUAUCAGCAAGGCCGACGCCACAUCACGAUGCUCACUGAUGAGGGUCUAUAGCGUGAUGCAGUCCGAAACAGAGAUUGAGUCGACGGUGCGAUGGUACCCCACGCGACCCCACGGUAAGAAGACGGUGCAGGUAGACCUUGCAUAUUAUCGAGCCAAGUACCUGGGGCAGGAAACCAAGUGA